CUCAUCUUCAUCUUAGAUAGAUUAAAUUCUCAGCAAAAUUUUCAUUUUUGGUUGAACAAUGGCUUUAAUUGAAAUCAUGUUCCAAUAAUAUUUGACAACCAAAACAUGUAUUGUCUGUGUAAUGUUGUAUUUAGAUGGCAUUAACGCAUUUUCAAGUGUCAAAUACGUUUUGGGGACACUGUAUGUCUACUGAGUAAAAUGGGCAAAAGAGGGCGUUUCUACAGCAGUGUGAAUGUGACCUGCAAAGGAACCUGACACGAGACGCUUCAGAUUGUCGUUCAAUCAUGUGAACAUCUCAGCGAGGGUCUUAAGAAACAACGAGGGCAACUAUAAGAUCAAGUAGAGGGGAUUGCUUUGGGAGGAAGUAUGGACGGACUAUACAGUAUUUUGGCAUGUUUUUGUGACACUUAAAGACAUGUACAACUUCACAUCCCUGAGCGCUCAUGGAGAGCCAGCGGUUCGCAUUUUCCUGGGUUUCGCUCUUUCUCUCCUCGUGCUGUGGACGUUAUUGGGGAAUUUCACUGUUUGCGCAGCGGUUUUGCGGUUCCGUCACCUGAGAGGAAAAGUCACCAAUAUCUUUAUCGUGUCUCUGGCGAUGUCGGACUUGUUGGUGGCUGUCCUCGUGAUGCCGUGGAAAGCGGCCACGGAGGUGACCGGACACUGGGCGUUUGGCUCUUUCUGCGAGUGCUGGGUGGCUUUUGACAUUAUGUGCUCCACAGCUUCCAUCCUCAACCUGUGCGUAAUCAGCCUGGAUCGAUACUGGGCUAUUUCAAACCCGUUUCAAUACGAGAGGAAGAUGAACCGUAGACUCGCCCUCGUUAUGGUCAGCGUAACGUGGAUCGUAUCGGUGGCUAUAUCAUUCGUGCCCGUGCAGCUGAACUGGCACAGGGCAGACCUGGGCACGGUAACCACAAAUAACUGGACCACCAGGGAAAUGUGUGACUCGAGUCUAAGCAGAACGUAUGCCGUUUCCUCCUCUCUAAUAAGUUUUUACAUUCCCGUAGCAGUGAUGCUGAUCACAUACACGCGCAUCUACCGCAUUGCUCAGGUUCAAAUCAAGAGCAUCUCUUCGCUGGAGCGCGCAGCGGAGCGCGCACAGAACUGCAGGGCAGGUGCGCGCACCUGUCCUCUCCAACACCGCGCGAUCAGAGAAACCAAACUGUUCAAAACUCUGUCCGUGAUUAUGGGGGUGUUUGUGUGCUGCUGGUUUCCGUUCUUCGUCCUCAACUGUGCGAUUCCUUUCUGCCACGAGCCAAAUUGUGUCAGUGAAGCAACUUUUAACGUGUUCGUGUGGUUCGGCUGGUGCAAUUCAUCGCUCAACCCGAUCAUAUAUGCUUUUAACUCUGAUUUCAGAGAUGCUUUUGCUCGACUUCUGUGCUGCCAUGGCCUGUGCACCAAAACACCUCUUGAUAUUCAGUGCAAGGAUCCAGUGUCCACCAAUAAUCAGGGCAGCUCUGUUAACACUAUGGAGAUCGGUUAUGUCAGUUUGGAAAGGGUGGACAACGAAAUGCAACGUCCACUGGUGGAGAUACAUAUGUUUGGAGAUGAGAGCAAGGUUCAGCACACAAACUCAGAAGAAGCAUGUCAGAAUAAAUGACUUUAGUGUUAAUCUUAAGAGUAGAGGAGACUGGGAUAGUUAUCACAAUUAAUAUUUCUCUAAGGUUUUAUUUUGAAAGUCAAUUUCUGUGUACCUUAAUGUUUUAUCAAGCUUAGGAAACAAGAUACAGUUCCA